AUCAUGUUACAGAUGUGAUAUCAUUUCAUAGUUUAAGAAAAGGAUCGGUUAAUUCGUUUCGUCUAGUUCUCUUCUCGGUUAUGUUUUAUUUCAUCUUACAGAAUUCCCGGGAAUAAAGUUAUUAUUAUUAACACACUAUUUUGUGAUUUUCAUUGUGGAAUGAAUUAAAAAGGUAUUUUAUUAACACACCAAACCAAAUAUUAUAGAGAUCCAGAUGCAUAAGGCACCGACUGAUGCAAUCACGACAUUAGUUACAAAGAGAACUAAGAAGUUUGUCGAAAUACAUUUUAGGAAUUUCCAUCAUGAAAUAAUUAAAAGUGUGCAAGGUGAAACAAAUGCUGAAUGUGGCAAGUGCACUUUGAGACAACUGUUGGAUAGGUCGUUUACUUGUCCAAAACUGAUAUGUGACAAAAUAAGGGACCACAUCAAGUUAAGCCAUAGACAUACCAGUCCCUCAUGGUCAAACACAACACCGCCAAACUGGUGUAAUAGUCAUUGGGAGAUAGCGAAGUGUUUUCUGCCCGAAUCCGAUACCAAUGCCCGGACGACCAGCGCAGAGGAUGUAAAUUUAUUGGAGCUGAUCGAUUGUGUUUGCAAUUGCAAGUAUUUUGAUCGUUUGAAGGGAACGUCAACAGCCAGUGAAAGCGUGCCUAUUCAGUUGCGAGAUAUUCUUAUUCGAAAGAAGACAGAAAAGACUUUGCUCGAUUCGGAGGAAAAUUAUCUACUGUAUCAGAAAACACUCGAAGAAUUCUUAACUGUAAUAACGCCACACACACUACAACACACUCUGCCUGAGCUGAUACAAUUUGCAAAACAAUAUCCAAAAUUGAGUCGGUCACUUUCUACACAAUCAAGUGAUGACUUCAAAGAUUUCAUCAAGACUGGAAAGACGUACAAUUCGAUAGAAUGUGUUCUUCCGAAACCCAUUUAUAGACGACAAAACUCCGAUGAAGAUGCGCCUAUUGCAUCGACGUCUAUUGAAUUACCAAGAACAAGCAUUUCGUUACCCGCGGUUGAAAACAUAGAUAUAACGGAAGGCGUUCGUCGUCAGAAACGGCAUCUACCAUUUCCAACCAACAUACACAGGGAAAAACAAAGCCAAGAAUGGCUUGAUAUCCUUUAUGAAGGAAAUCGUAACGCUUUUAAAAAAGAAUGCAGCCAUAUUUGUCAAGAUAUAAAAUCGUCUAGUCCGAACAUACUCGAUGUUUAUGCAGCAAUUUUUGAUCGCUCAGACAAACCACGACAAACAGCAUUUGUUGCUACUGUCAGUAAAGAUCAAGAACAUGACAUUACUUAUUCUAAUCACAACAUCGUUAUGAAGGUAAGGAACCGAUACGAAGCUGAAGGAAAUAUAGUAGCUAACUCAGAAAUCACAAGACGAAACCGUCUAUCUCCCGGUGAUCAGUCUAAAUUGAAACAACAUAUAUCCGAACUGUCACCACGGCUUAUGCAGAAGCAUAAAUACCUAAACAUGAUAACUGCAAGUGGUGUUAGAUCAAGGGGUUUUGGAAAAGCUCACACGAUUGACCCAGAGGUAUGCAUUGUCCUAUAUGUUCACGCCAAAGGAUAUAUUCCAAUAGACGAGAUGGCAUUUGAAAGAAGUUAUCAUGACAUACCUGUCGACAUUAGAGAAGGAGGAUUUUGGGGCUUUAAUGAAACCGUUCGUAUUGGCGAUGCCAUCUUCCGUGAAGGCGUCGGUUUGGCAGGAAGUUUGGGCGGGUUUUUUGAACAUCCUUCGCUUGGACUUUGUGGAAUAACUUCAGCACACGCUGUACUCAAACCAAAGGAACUAAAACAGUGCAUGGAAGAUGGACGUUUUCCUGCAAACAAAGAGGGUGAAAUAUAUCAAAUUAAAACAUGCAAUGAUCUUUUCAAUAUUGGUCGUCUAGUAAUGGCAUUUUAUGCCGAAGGAAAUGACCAAGAUGCAGGUGUGGAGCUUGCCGUUUUUGUCAUUGAUAGUAGUUUGUCAUCCGAACAGAUAUCUGUGUCUUUUGAAGGAAUAAAUCGCCAAGGUCAACCAGCUACAUUUUCAUUUGAAACAGGAAAAUCACUAGGAAGUGCAUACUUUUACCCAGACUAUCAUUGUUGCAAAUAUGGAAGCGCGACUACCUUUACUUCUGGCGAAAUCAGUAGUGAUUUUGAUAAUGAUGGCCUCCUUAGCAUUAAGGAAAUGAAAUUUGAUGAGUUAAAACCUCUCGUUUUACACAAACAAUACGAAAUUGCACCUUUGGCGGAGAACAUGCCAUUUGCAGAUUUUGGCGAUUCUGGAGCUUUUGUGUACUGUUGGCGUUCGACGUGCGAUUUAGUGUGCGUUGGAAUGAUAGUUGGUGGAACAUCAAAUGGCACAACUGUUGUCACUCCUAUUAAUUCAGUUUUGAAACAGCUCGGCGUUCCAAAAUUAAAGAAUUUUAAAAAGCUAAAAAAUGAGCAGUUGCUAAAACAUUUAGAUGCUAAAGUUGACCGACUUGAGUCCAAAUUCGACACUAUGCAGUCUGGUAUAAAUCAGCUUUUACAUCGUUUAAAUCAGAGUUCCAGGACAGGACCAACUGAUUGUUAAAAACCACAACUCGACGAUUUAAGCGAAGCAAUGGCAGAAGAGUAUACUUGGGUUGUUCGGAAAAAUAAUAUUAUACCUAUUCUAUAAAAUAUUUAUGUUGCCCAAUUGUAUUGGAAUCACUGAUAUUGCCAAGCCAAAACCACUACAAUUGAAAAGUUGUGUAAAGGUGUAUCUGAACCUAACAAAACAAAAUCACGCAUUUGUUCAAUUGUAAACAUAUUUACAUGCUCCCUAAAUAUGCUCGUAUCGGUAUUGACUAAAUUUCGUAAAUUAAUUCAAUAUUGAUACCAAUAUUAGCAAUGUACACAUGUUAUAUGAACAACACAUUUUAAUUAAAUGGCAUGGCAUUGUUAUCACUUUGAAUGAAUGGUUGCAAUAAAAGCAUGUGUAACAAUCUUUCAUAAACAUUAUUGAAAAAAUGGUACUAAUUUAUCAACUUUGUGUUAAUGUUUAAGAAUAUCUUGAGUGAACAGAGGAUAUCAAAUUUGUCAAGAAGCAAGACAAAGAAUAAGAUUCAAUUAUGUCGUGUUGACUUUGGUUGUACAUCACUUGUCUAAGUUUACUAAAAUUAUUUCACAAUGCUCAAACUUUUUGUAUCUGUAAAUUGAAAAGGUUUUGAAACUCAUAAUGUUUCAAAUACAACUUGACAAGACUGACAAUUGAGUUUCAAUUAGGUGGUUUCAAUCCACUUUACGAAUUAUUUUGAUGACUUACAUCUCUAUAAUACAAUGAUAUAUUUUAUAUAAGUAGAACUAUUUUGUACAUAAACACAAUUUUGAACGAAGAUUUAUUUUCUUCCGAAACACAGCUCAAUUGCAAGCUGAAACCUUUUACAACAACCGUGAACCAGGUAAUGCCUAAUAUAUACGUAUAUAUAGUCUAAUCUUGCUCUUUGAUUCUAAGGAUUGACAUAAACAAAAGAAUUCUGCGACCUUUGAGAGGUACAAUUACCCGAUGUAAUCUCAAAACG